AUGGCUGAUCGCAUGCGCUGUUUACUCCUAGGGCUGCUGCUUACCACGUUGCUGACUCUGGUCAGAGCUGAAUAUAACAGCUCCGAUAGCCGCGCCCUCAGCUAUGUCCGCGAGAAACCCAAGCAUCUGCCGCACUUGCUGCAGCGACAAAAGCGCUGGCUUAUCUUUGAGAAAGGCACUGUCGUCGCACUGACUGGCAAUUGUGCAAAGGCUGUGGUGGACACUAGGCCAAGAGGCUUGCUCCUGCUGGGCGAGGCAACUGCGUUCUAUCCAGUGCCUUCAUCGGUUGAUGACAUAUUCCCAAGACGCAGGCGAAAGCCAACGCCCGCACCGCCUCCACCACCACCACCAUCAACACCACCACCACCUACCCCAGCAAAAGCUGUGGUACCUGUAGUGCCUGCUGCAGCAGUUCCAGCUGAACCUUUGCUGUACUCCCAGCAACCGGUGAUUAUUCCCUUAAGUCCAGCCGAUCCCAUACACUCGUUCUACUACGCAUAUCCACAAGUGCCACCAGUUGUAGGACACCGCAAAUCCUAUGUUCAGCAACCAUCCACCGGGUGUCCUGCAUCCAUGCUGGUGAAGGACGCGUAUGGCAACUAUCACUGCCGGCCUUCAUCAGUGGUCCGGCGCCUGGGUCGCGAGCUUAAAAGAGACGGUGCCAACCUCGUAAACGAUGGCCAGAGUCCCCAUGGAAUACUCUUCGAUUUGCUGAUGAUGCUGUCCCAGAUCCACCAGUAUAAGUCGCGCUACUGCAUCAUGCGCACGCUGUGCGAGUCCCGCCAUCUGCUGGUGCCUCCUGGUCAGUCGCUGUUCCACGAUAUCUUCCGCAUUCUGCUGCGCUACGUGCAUCCGGAGAUUGCCCAGAAGCCGGCAUAUCACAAGGCCUUCACCGCUGGCCACUCCCUGCAUGAGUGCGCCCAGUGGUAUGGAGCAUACUGUCCUCAGAGCUUCUUACUACAUUUCAGCGAACAAUUCCGAGGCAAAUUUGCAAAUACAUUUAACAAAUAA